UGUGGAGCGAUGGGUAACGAUGCUUCGAACGUGACUGUUGUCUGUGUGUAGAGCGUCCCUGGUUAGCGAGGGGACGGGCGUAAAGUCUAUACUGUUUGUUACAUUGGAUUUCUCGAAUUUAUGCAUCAAACUGACAAGACAUUUGGACUGAAAAACAAGAAAGGAGCCAAGCAGCAGAAGUUCAUCAAAACUGUCACUCAUCAAGUCAAACAUGAACAGCAGAACGGACGACAGGUGGGAACACCAGCCAGCUACAGGUUUGCAGCUGCUGAAGGAGAUAAGAAGAAGAAGAUUGACAAGAAGAAGAAGCUGGAAGAGAUGAAUGAGCUUUUUUUUCAAGCCUGUUACACAAAAAGUCACCAAAGACACCAUGGACAACUGGGAUGAGAAGAAGCUUGAGGAAGUCGUCCACAAGAAACUCGGAGAGGCAGAGCUGAAGAAAGCCAAAACUCAACAAACUCCGAUUGUACGCAUCAACAAACAAAUUACUGGAAGGCUAAAUAUUGUAACAAUGUUUGUUCGUCCAUAGAAUGACCUAUAGGAUCUCUGUUACCCUACAUAUUGUAACAAUGUUUGUUCGUCCAUAGAAUGACCUAUAGGAUCUCUGUUACCCUACAUAUUGUAACAAUGUUUGUUCGUCCAUAGAAUGACCUACAGAAUCUCUGUUACCCUACAUAUUGUAACAAUGUUUGUUCGUCCAUAGAAUGA